AUGGCUUCUCUAUCGAGUAACGGGGGCCAGGAGUCCUUAGCAAGUGCUCCCCAGGAGGAGAACGAGAAUAUCUCAGCUACUCAGAGGAUGAUCUCUGCGACGUGGGGUAGUCUUCUCACGUCCCUUCUCGUGACCCCUCUUGAUGUUGUUCGUGUUCGACUCCAAUCUCAGCCGAAGCAAAGUCGCGGAUUCGCAGCACAUUCUACCAGUGCGUUCAAAGAACUGCCUCCGAAUCUUGGUGUCACGGCAUGCUGUCGAGAAGUCUUUUGGGUUGGUGACAGCGCGCAGAUGUGUAUGGUAGGGCCCGGCGGUAGUACGAUACAGGGAAGCUCUGCCAUUAUCCAUGCGUGUGCCGUGGAAGAGACACAAAGACGGACAUUUACUUCCACCUUCGAUGGUUUGCGGAAGAUUGCUCGGAACGAAGGGCUACUGACAUUAUGGCGAGGGCUCAGUCCAACUUUGGUAAUGGCAAUUCCAGCCAACGUGAUCUACUUCACCGGGUAUGACUGGCUACGCUCCGAUCCCAAGAGCCCAAUACCUCGAUUCUUUGGAGACGUCUGGGCACCUUUAAUCGCUGGUUCUGCUGCAAGGGUUGCUGCGGCUUCGGUAAUCAGUCCUAUAGAGAUGUUCAAGACACGGCUUCAAGCUACCUCUGGCACCGGUGCCGACCACUUCAGGGCCACCCUGAAGGGCUUGCACCAGAUGACUCAGACGACUGGUUACGGUUCACUCUGGCGCGGUUUGACACUGACGCUGUGGCGGGAUGUACCAUUUUCUGGACUCUACUGGUGGGGUUACGAGGAGGCUCGAAAGUCCCUGACCAUCAUGAGGACGAAAGCCCAGUCAUCGUCCGACGACCGGAGCUACAAGGAUUUGCAACUGCAGGAAAGCAACACGUCUACAUUUGUGGACAGCUUUAUUGCAGGUGCAUCGUCAGGUGCAUUUGCAUCCUUCGUCACGACUCCGUUUGAUGUUGGCAAGACGCGCCAGCAGAUAUUUAAGCACGGCGGCAACGAGACAUUAACAUCUGGCGCUGUCCCGACUACAGCCAAGGGUGUUGUCCAUCCAGAGCAAUUCCCCAUGCUAAAGUUCCUCCUUCAUAUCUUCCGUGAAGAAGGUCUCUCGGGGCUCUUCCGCGGCUGGGUAGCUCGCUGUCUCAAAGUGGCGCCCGCAUGCGCUAUCAUGAUUUCCAGCUAUGAAAUUGGGAAGAAAAUGGCGAGAGGAGUCAACGAGAGACACAUCCCUGAGGGAGGAGAGGCCGCGUGA